GUCACAUGCAGACAAGAAUGCCGAUUGCUUGUGCAUUGUUUAUGAUACGGGUCCCAUAUGUUGUGAAGAGGUAGACAACAUAGAAAAAAUUUUGCUUGCCUGGAACUCGAAGCGUUCGUUGUACUGCAAGCUACGAUUCUCACUGACAGGCAAUUGUCAUAAACCGUCCGGUUUUUUGUUGAAACACGGUAAACCUGUCAAGGAUUGCAUGCAUGAAAAGAAAGAAUUUGAGUUGCCAGAAAUGGAGAGUUUCAUAAAGGAUUUACGAGAUAAAAGGAACAGGUGCGACACUGACACAGAACAAGCAUUAACAGUUUUCAUUUUAAACAUGUCUUCAUUUAUUCAUGGCUUCAAACGGAACAAGCUGAAUCAUCAAAGAAUACAAAUACGCUUCAUUGAUCUCUUUGAUGAAUGUUCAAGCUGCGUGGUUCAUCUUUCGCUUGUCAAUCCAGGCUUUAUGAUAGAUCAGUUUCCGAGUGAUCCUAAACAGCUUGAUGCCCAGUCUGCUGAAAUUUUUGCCAAAGCUCUUAAAGAUGGCUCCGAAAGAGUGAAAAAUAUCCGCCUUAUGGUCGUUGGCAUGUUUGAGGUGGGAAAAACGUCCCUUGCUAACAAUCUGAUCAAAGAUUUAAGGGAUGGAAAUGUAAUUCCCGUCAGCACCGAAGGUAUUGACCUGCGCAGAUGUCAACUAAUGACAAAUGGGGAUUGGCGUUUAGAUAAAGAACACAAAUCAGCAAAAUAUAAGGAAAGGUAUAUAACGGCUUUAAAGAAAGCAUUAGAAAGUAAGGAAAUAAAUGUGCCUUUGACUACACCGAAUACCAUAGACGUGCCCGAGGAAAAAGAAAUUGAAGUCGACAAUUUGAUAACUGAAGAAAAACCAGUUUCUUUGGAAACAAUAAGUCGACAUGUUGAAAAACAUAAAGAUGAUGCAGGGACAAAAGAUUAUUUGCCUCUGGUUCACGAUAUACUGAAUUUCAACGGGCAUGAAAAUGACCAACCACAGGUCCCUGUGGAACAAAAAACAAACACUACUGUAUCAGUUUGGGAUUUUGCAGGACAGACGCUUUACUAUUCUACUCACCAGUUUUUCCUAAAUAAGAGGUCUAUAUACCUUGUUCUAAUGGACAUGACAAAGAGUUUGAAUGAAAAGGUUAAAGAAGAAGAACUUAGUGGAACAUGGUGUGGAUUGAAUCAGGAGUGUACCUAUUUAGAUGUAUUUAAGUUUUGGCUGAAUGCAAUCCACAUGUACAGCGGAUAUAAAUCCAUGUCAAGCGAAAUCAAUCCGACCGUUAUUUUAGUCGGUACACGUAAAGACGAAAUGAAAGGGACAGACGAUGACAAAGAGAUUCAGAAAGACAAGUUCUUUGAACUUGCACUUAGGCCAUUUGAACGAUCAUCGAUCGUACAACAUAUUCAUAACAAGAAAUUUCUGGUGAAUAAUUUAUCUCCGAAGGAUUCUGUUUUUGAUGAGAUACGAAAGGAAAUUGUAUGUUUGGCAAAAGGGCAAGAUUAUUGGGGUGAAAUAUAUCCUGUUAGAUGGAUCCAGAUGGAACAGUUGUUUGACAGACUAAGAGACAGCGGAGAACAAGUAAUGAAUAUGGAAGCAAUUAAUGAGGCGAAUCAGUCCCAUAUUUACCCACUAAAUGAAAAAGAACUUUCCCUGUUUUUGAAAAUUCAGCACAGGCAUGGCAAUAUCCUGUAUUUCGACACAGAACAUCUAAAGCAUUUGGUUGUUCUUGCUCCUCAAUGGAUCAUUGAGGUAUUCAAGUGUUUUAUCACGCAUAAAAGAAAUAAAAACCCAAAACUGUCAGAAUAUUGGAGAACAUAUGAAGAUCUGGCUAUUCUCAAACCAGAAGUUUUCAAUGAAAUUAUGGACAGUAGUCCAAAAGAUGUUAACAAAAAUAGAGACCAUAUUUUGGAGUACAUGGAGUACCUUGAUGUUAUGGCUAAGCCCUUAAAAUCUGAGGAUGCGGAGGGCACCAAUGAACAAUCUGAUGCAGCUGGAUAUUUGAAUCCCACAUUUUUAGAAUUCCAUAUUGUGCCAUGUCGACUGAAGAACCCGCCACCUCCAAUAGCCCAAUUUACUGCGCCGGAACAUCGCGAGAAAACACCAGUUUUAUGUUUUGUAUUUGUUGACAAUUUCAUGCCACCAUCGUUUUUCCACAGACUUGUUGCUGGAUGUAUUCGCACUUGGUGCAUCAGCAAAGAAAAUGGACAGUACCUGUUGUUCAAUGGACUUGCUGUGUUUGAAAUUGGUGCAACACGCUUUUUGACAAUCUGGUACAAAGAUCACAUUAUUUAUGCAAGAAUAUCUUCUUGUUCCAAAGAAUGUACACUUGAACUCGAGUUCAAGUUGUGUGAAGAAGUUCGAAUUAAACUCAGAGAAAGUUUGCUUAAUUUUGUCGGUCAAACACUGGAGAAGCCCAGGACACCUACAGGAUUUGAAGAGUACAUUCAAUGCCCAGACAUAAAAAAAGAUUCUUUGUACAAUGUAGGCCUGUUCAGGUUAGCUGACUUCAUGUAUAAUCGUGAAUUAACUUGUAAAGACUGUUUGAAAUGCCAUGCAGUUGGAAGGGAAGAGGUAAUGAGCUACUGGUAUAAAGAGCAAUUGGACCGCCUAGAUAAUGACGAUGGUUUGAAUGAACCAGCAGAGGAAAGUGAUCUAUUGAGUGUUGCCAAAUUCAUUGAUAAAGAAUUCUGGUUGUUGGGUAUUCAACUUGAUUUAAAAGAUGCCGAAAUGAACAAACUGUAUGAAGACUGUGACGGACGAAAGAACCGUCGUACAUUCGUUUUCAAGUAUAUGGUAAUGUGGCAGAAAAAGAAAGGAGAGAAGGCAACUCGGCAACGUCUCAACAGGGCAAUACACGCUGCGCGUCUGAAUUUCUCAAAUGAUGAAAUAACCCCAGUUACCUUUGAUGCAAAAAAGACUUAGCGAGAAUAGUGAACAUUAGGAAUGUUCUAUGUUGUAUUUUCAUGUGAAAACUAUGUGUUACUAGGAGUUUAAGUUGACGGCGUGUUUGUAGUAUCGGAUUGCAUGUUUAUAUUACUGGUUCACUGACAAUAUAUUGUUUGUUAAUGGAUUACGUAUGGUGUUAGACGCUAGAGGGCUAGUACGCUUUCAAAUAAGUAUUUAAAUAGUAAAUUCUUAAUUAAAUGCAAAACUGUACCCAUCAGGAGCUCACACGUCGCCAAAGUUCGUACUCGCCCAACCUUUGUCUUUUAACAAUGCGUAUUUAAGAAAAAACAGAGUACGAAAAUGAAUAUGUUAUGAAAUAAUUUUAUUAAUUAGUUGAAUUCAUAUUCGCUUUGUUAUUGAGCUGAAGACAGCCGUAUUGGCCUGAGGCCGCAGGACAAUACGACUGUCUGAAGCUCAAUAACAAAGCCAAAAUGAAUUCAACUAAUUAAUGACAAUUUUAUCAAUUAACUUUAUAAUAUUAUUCAGCAAAAAAAGCUUGCAUUUCACUUUUGAAUUACAGGUUUUUGCUUUUGAAUGAAGUUUUGAAAAGUAGCAAAAUUUCUGUUCUAUACAACUUUUUUCCCCUGUUUAUAUUCCCAUGCAAAAUGCUUUGAAAAUUGUAUAUACACCAAAAUACCUUUUAAGAGAUAUCUUGUUAAUUUAAAACGAAAAUUGAAUAUUGUUUCAAGAGGAAACAAAUGUCCCAUGAAUUUAAUUUCAGAAUAAUAAUUAUUAUUUCAUUAAUAGUGUACUAUGAAGGCGAUAUUACUGAUAAAGCAUUGGAACAAUAGCAUUUAAACGUAGUAUUUGACGAAAGAUGCUUUCAAGACAUUACAUGAUGCAGGAACACAAUUUGACUGGUCGCGAAAUUAUGCAAAAUUUACCUGAAUAACAUUUCAGCAACACUGGAUCCACUACCGUUGUUUUUAAUACAACUCAGAAAGACAAUAAGGAUUGAAAACUUACUUAUUGUCAUUAGGAAUUACAUUUGUAAUGUGUUAAUUCUCCAUAAUUUCGAAUUAGUUUUGCUUUCGGCGCUAAUUGUAGCUUGAAAAUAUUCAAAGUUGAUAUGUAUGUAUAUAUGCUGAUAUAGUGAACCUUACUGUUGUGGUUACACUGCACUAUUGUUAUUUUCGCAAACGGGAGCUUAAUAUAUAAGCGGCUGAGUGCUUAGGGCAAACUGCAAUGUUAUAUUUUUACAGACUUAAACUUUUGCACCCAAACUAAGCAAACAACUUCAAAAUUGUCGAAAUUUUAGAUUCUCAUUUAAGGUCCAAUCGGGAACCCUCGGACAAAUCCGCCAUAAUGGCGAUCGUCUCUCGGGUGUAUUUGGUGGAAGGAUAUGUCUAACGCCUCUAAGCGAAAGAUAUUAUCCCGAAAAUAUAGUUCUCAAUGUCAAUACUGGCAUCUUUAAAUGUUUACAAGUUUGUAAUUAUGUCGUGGGAUUUCAGAUGUACACUUAUUAUUGUUUAAUGAAUGUAAUCUUGAAACAGACAAGCUACAAAAACACAUUUUAAUUUUUCUUAUUUACGUGGGGUUUGAACAGUGGGGGCCGCCAUCUUCUUUUGAAAGGUAGUUCUAAUAUGACGUCCGCCUUCGUACAUCAGAGAGACGGUGUGGUGUAGCCCACUGUUCGAAGCAUUCAUAUUGAUAUGAGGCCGAGUUUUUCUUGGUUUCUGAUUGACUGAAUAUCGUAUUGGCCGACCUUUUUCCGUAUUGGCCGUGUUUUUCCAUAUUGGCCGCCUUUUUCUCGUAUAAGGUGAGUUUCGAGCUUUAUUGGCGAGACUCAACUUGUAUUAGGCGAACAAAUUGAACGCAUUCUCGUCUUAUAUUAUAAAGUUAAUUAAUAAUGUGUUUUAUAAUUGUUUAAUUGAGUAAUAUGACCACGAACGAUGAUAUUUACUUUCGAAACUUAAAUAUUACAAAUCGCGUGAACUGCAAGGGACAAGUUGUUGACUGAAGUUUGGGUUGUUCUAUCGCGAUAUAUAUUGAAUGCAGAUUAUUAUUAGUUUUUGCACCGCAUGUGUGAAUUUUAUUUGGACUUUUUUUGUAAAAAAUAAAUGUAAAAAGAACACAAAUAUUUCUACGUUACAUUGUAAAUAUUUGUUCCUCGCCAGCGUGUGUUAAUGUAAAUUUGCUUCUUGCAGAUAUUUUGCGUUUAAUAUAAGCCUUUAUGCUAUAAUUUAAUGGUAUGAUUUAACAUUAUCAUUUAGUUGUUUUGCUCUUGUUAUGUUUAGAUCAAUGAGUUUUGUUGUUAAUUGUGUGUGCAUGUUAAUUUUAUGAAUGUAUUACGAAAUCGAUGGUAUGUGUAUUAUUUUGACAUCCUUAUAUAUUGUGUGAAAGUAAUCAGUAUGUUAAAGAAUGCUAGAACACAACAUGAAUGUUUAUCCUCAUAUCGGGAAGUUUUGUAAAUAAGUGGAGUCAUUAAAGUGUUUUUGCUUGUUAACUGUCUAAUUGUCAUCAAAUGUUUACCAGUCACUAUGCACUUGUAUUGUAAAACUUGCAUAUAUCCAAUAAACCUCACUUGUUGUAAAGAUAAACAGGAGCAUUCUGGUGGCAAACGAAUAAUACGCGGAUAUAUAUACUGCUUCUUUGAUUGUUUUAUAUAGUUUGAUUAUAUGUAUACAAUGUUCAUAAUCUUUAUGCAUGAGCAGUUUCAUUUUAUUCUCCUUAAAGCGAGAUUAUACGAUUUUGUAAAUGUGUUAAAUUGUAAUAUAUUGAUAAAAUAUGUCGCAAUAACACAAAAUAGGCAAUAACAAUUAUAUUUUGAAGACGAAUUUCAUAUAAUGCACCAAAGACAAAUUAGCGCCCCGAGCCGAUUGUGACGAAGAUAUUUCGUACAUAUUUUCCUACAAUAACCGAAGCAUUCGUCUUUUUAGAUAGUGUUCGUGUGACGUAUAAAUAGAUAUCGUUGCAGGAAUUUUUAAUGAACCGUAAAACUAAAUUUAGAUUCACAUCGUACAUGCAUAAUUUACAUGCUGGCGAAUUCGACUGUACAGACAUUUUCGAUUUCAGAAUUAAAUAUCUGGCUAAUUUCGCAUUUUUCGACACAUGUUCUUCUUAACUUUUAUUUUAAUUCAUAUUGAAAUAUAUGUUUAAUACGUAUUGCACAUUUUAUAUAUAUUAAUCAAUAUUUGACAAAAUCGUAUACUCUCGCUUUAAAUUGUAUGUUGUUGGAUUUUUGAAUAUGCUUUGAAUUUACUGUCUUAGAAAUAGUUUUUAAUUUUGACGUGUUUUAUUUAUAGAUUAAUUGGUAUUAUGUAUACAUGAAACUUCACAAAUUUAUAAAGAUAGAAAUUAACGUUUAAGUGUGUGUAUACGAUAAUAUCAACAUUUCAUUUUCUCAAUCAAAAAACAACACAGGUAUUUGAACAAAAAAGUUAUAUAAAAUAUAAAAGAAAGCGAUGAGUGCUUGUUUCAGCUUUGGCAUUAAAGUAGCGGGUCCUUUGGAUGGGAAAUUUUAUGAACAUACGUUUUCAGAUUUGCGGGAUUACGGUCUAUUUUGUUAUAAAACAUUAAUCAAAAUGUUAGAUACAAAUGCUAAAUAAAUUUCUGUCAACUUAAGUUCUUGAAAAUUGCUGGGAUUAUUGACAACCAUUCCUAUGACAUAGUCGUUUUAUUCCAAUUUAAGUCAUCUUUGUUUAAGAAUAAAGCUUACUGAUAGAGGCGAACUUUAGGUUUGUAUAGGGGAAGAAUAUACACCUUUUGAGCUGGCAAAUGAGACCCAAUUUAGCCCUCAAAUCGGCCCUAAAUAUCGCGGUAAAGGUGCCAAACAAUAUAUGUUAUUUAGUCCCACGAAAUACAUAACGACCAAUAAUCUUAACUCUAUGCCGAUACUAUCACGUACUCCUGUUUGUUGCAGAACCAAAUGAUUAAAGUGUCGUUUGAAUAAAUCUUAAUAUGCGUGUAAUAGUGAGGAUUUCCCCAACAGCGCAGAGGCCUUUUAUAUCACUUUACGAGUGAAAAGUAUUUACACCUGCAUUAAAACCUGUAUAUAAACAAAAUACAGUUCAAUAACCUACACUUUUAGAGCAGAUGUCAACAUGACCCAAACUGAACUAGAUACGUGUAUAAUUAAUAUAUUGUAACAUGUAUCUUGGAGCAGAUAAUGUUUUAAAUGUAAAGAUAUCAUUACUAGAAAUGUAGGUGUGUACAUGAGUAUGUUUUAUUCAAGUACGAGUAGUAAUCACUAUUUUAAAAUUUCCUACAUCCCUAUGCGUUUUACAACAAUGGAAAUGCUUUUAAGUGUGCAUUUUUAUAUGAAGCGAAAUAAUAUUUAUUAAUGCGGAUUUUAAUUUAUAUUUUUUGGUCCUUUUGUUUGUUCACAUUCAUGUGUGCACUAUUUUUUUCAUGACUUAUGUAAUGUCUUUUAAAUUAUUUCAGUAUACGACAUAUUAUUGACAUAUUUGCAUGUUCAUGUGUACAUUAACAAUUAAUGUUAAUUCUUAUGCAUUAUUAAUGAUCAUGUGUUGUAGGUUGACCAUGGUAGUGUGAUUGAUACGAUGCUGAAUAUGUUAUGUUUCCGAUAAUGUAUUGGAUAAAAUUAGCUUAAUAUGUUUUGUUAUCAUAUGGUAUUGUGUUUCUAUUAAAACGUAAGUAUGUGUUUAUUGUGCAAACGGUUUUAGUGUGCCAUGUGCUAAAUGUAUACGAUUGUGAUUGUGUAAUAUAAUAAAUGAAUUGUUUAUGCCCCCGAAGAAGGGCAUAUAGUGAACGCAUUGUCCGUCCGUCUGUCCGUCCGUCUGUCUGUCCGUCACACUUUGCGUUUAGGUUUCGAAAAUGCUCAUAACUUCUAUGUCGCUUCAGAUGUAACAUUCAUAUUUGGAAUGCAUGUGUAUAUGGACAAGGCCUUUCCAUACGCACACAAAUUUUGACCCCUUUGACCUUGACAUUGAACUUAGGGUCCGCGUUUAGGUUUUGAAAAAUGCGUUUAGGUAUCGAAAAAUGCUCAUAAUUUCUAUAAAAGCGUUUAUCGGUGGGUAUAUGUAAUCCUAUGGAGACAGCUCGUGUUGGUAUCAUUAUUUGUAAAUAACAUAGGGAUAACUAGAGGUCACAGCUGAAGAUUACUUUCUAGACUUCCCGAUAACCGUUGGUCCGACGGCCAAGACCUACAGUCUUUGAGUGGGUCUUAUAUUCAUUUAACAAAGAAUUAGCACGACCGUCCGACAGCUUUUUGAAUAAUAACUCCUAUAUGUAACUGACGAAAACAAACUUAUAUCUGAGCAAUCGAAUGCACGUCCAACAUAAUUUGUUUCAUAUUUGAAGAUAUCCAAAGGAUGUGACACUUUGACAUCAUCUGGGCGUAUUACCCACGACAACGUUAUUUCAUUGAAGUCACCUUUAUAACGUAUGCAAUUAAAAAUGUAGGGUUUUUAUCACAACCUUAAUAAAUCUCAACACAUAUGACAACUAUGUUAUUUAUACAGCAUAAGAGUAUUAAGUGAACAUUUAAAAAUGGAAUUCGUUUUUACUAUUUGUAUAGUCAGACAGCAUAUGAUAUUAAUUUAAAUAACCAGUAUAAUAAUCAUAAUAAUAUACCAACAUAUUGUUAAAUUAUCUAUGAAUAAAAACAACAAACAAAAACACAUUUGAAUUAAAAGAUCGCAAAAAAGACGCCACUGUUAACAUAAGUAUAUGCAUACUGUGAUAUUAUUCUGAUACAUUCAUUUGUUUUCGGUUAAUUUGGAAAGUGGAAAGGCUGUCAAACCAAAUGUCUAACGCUUUUUUUUGCUUUAGGGAAGUCUGACUUUGAG